UUCAUUAGCGCAGCCUUACGUAAGCAAAUCUGUACCUGAUAACACACAAAGUUUGACUAUAACAUCAGAGAUUAUUUCUGAUGUAAUCAUGGCUCAGACGCAGGACACAGACAGAGGAGAGAGAAUAGAGAUGAUGGUGGACAUCUAUGAGAGUUCAGAUUCUGUAAGAAAUCAUGAAGUCAUAAACACAGAGAGACUGCAAGCGUGUCAUCAUACAGGAAGUGUUUCAGUGAAGAACAGAAGACACAGAGCAGUUCAAGUGUGUUUGUGGUUGUUGUGUGUUCUUCUGUUGACUGCUGUAGUAGUGCUCUGUGUGUAUUUCACCACUGACAGAAACCGCUUACUAACACACAACUAUAACUUGACCAAAGAAAGAGCGAAAAUACUUACAGAAUACACUGAGAUACUAAAUCAGAAGAGAAACUUGACUGAAGAAAGAGAGGAAAUCAAAAACAAGAAUGAUGAACUCCAGGAAGAUUUAACAGUGACAAAGCAUCACAUCUCUAACUUAACCAAAGAAAAAGAACUGUUACUUACAAAACUACUGGAGAAAGAUCGAUGUAAGAUGAAAUCUAAGAGUGUGUCUGAAGAAAGAGAUCAGUUAAUGAACGAAAGAAAAAAACUGAACAGAUGGCUCACUGAACAAGAUCAGCGCUCUGAUAACUUUAAAUGGGUUUAUUACAACUUCAGUUUUUAUUACUUUUCAUCUGAGAAGAAGAGCUGGAGUAACAGCAGACAAGACUGUAAACAGAGAGGAGCAGAUCUGGUGAUUAUAAACAGCAAAGAGGAACAAGAGUUUUUGCAGAAAUCUACAGCUGGUUACUACUUUUGGAUUGGUCUGAGGAAAAAGAAAGAAGUGUGGAAUUGGAUUGAUGAAACCACAUCGUCAACAAGUACCUGCGGAUGUUACCUGUUGGGAUGUAUGCUUACCUGUGGAUGUUACCUGUGGAUGUAUGCUUUCCUGUGGAUGUAUGCUAACCUGUGGAUGUAUGCUACAGUACCUGCGGAUGUUACCUGUUGUUCAGUUUUUGUGUGGCAUCGUCAAUCUGCCCAAAACACAAAAGAUGCAGAUGGGAAUCAAUAGAACACCAUUUGGAGAAUUGGAGACUGUUUCUAGGAUUGUGACAAUACAUCAAUGUCACAGUUUGGUUCGUGGAUUUGGAACCACAGUUUGCUUCUAUUCUGUUUGAUGUGGGGCAGGGUUCAUGGCAUGACAGCAAUGCUAAAGAGCACUAGAAACACAGGGAGUGCUCUUCUACUUUUAUGAAUGAGCUGACAUUUAUUUCAUGGGGACCAGUCCUUUACAAGAUCUAGAACGGAUUUGACAUGGGGAUGAGAUCUCACGUGUAGUUGGUCAUAAUCUUUUGAGAACUUUGGUCUUUGCCAUUUGACUAAAAGCUUGCUAGAUGUUGUGGGAAACACAUCAUGAACAUACUGACCUGCAUACAAGCGCGAAUUCUAGAAGAUUUAUCAAACCAGGUUUUUAAAAAAGGCAACAUAGUCAUAGAGUCAACAUAUAAACUUGCCAGAUACGUGUAAACAACAUGCAAGAGGAAUCUGUGGAAAUACAAAAGAGAGGUGGAAUUCAAUACCAGCCUGGGUGUCCCUGGUAGAUGGCACCUUUCCUCCGGGAUCCUGAUGUACUCUGCUUUCCUGGCACGCCACUCCACCUAGUAUUCCCUCUUUUCUGACUUGACUGUCUGAGAGCAAAUGGUGGGAGCUGAUGAUGAUGAACAGUGAUCUCGGGUAUUGGUUUCUUGUUGGGGUUGAUGACCCCAACAGGAACCCAUAUUCCGCAUUCUCCACACCACAUGACUUGCAAUUCUCAAUGAAUGCCCAGACAUCUUUGCAUCCAGUAUCUUAGGCAACCAGGUGACUUCCAGGAUCCAGUUUUCAGCCUUCCAUGAUGCCUCUCCUCAGAGCAUUAUUGGAAGUGCUGUAUCCUGUCGGGACCCGAGGCUAGCACUGUUCGUUUGUAUGUGUGCACGUAUGUAUGCUGAGCAGGCUGGGGUUGUCUUGGCAACCGCACACGCUCACUGUCUGCGUGUAUAUGUGAUUCACAUGUCGCCACUCAUCAGACCUCGUUAACCUCUGUGUUCUCACCUGGUGGUCAUUAAUUCUACCCUAUUUAUUCUCUGUCACUUCCCUUGUACGAUCGUUGCCUCCAGUAAUGCCGUAUUCUGAGUUGUAGUUAUUUACAACCCCUUGUCUUGACGUGUCCCGGAUUAUAUUGUGUUCUCUUGUCGUGUCGUGUGGAUGUACCUCUGAUGGAUUACACUUCCUUGUGGAUUACUGUCUUGUUUUGUUCGUGUCACCCAUAACCCCCGAGGACUGCUUCCACCACAGCACCACCGGUAGUCGACCUCAUCUCUGCUGCUGGCCACGGACUGCCUGUUCCACCAUAAAGGUGGUUGCUGCUCGCUCUGCUCUCGGCUGUCUGCUGUCUCCCGACCUCAUCUCUGCUGCCGGCUUCUCCGGUUGGCCUUGUAGUCAGCUGGAUGGUCGGACUCUCUUCACUGUCUCCCUGUUGAACUUUCUUAGUGCACUUUUGUGUGUCUUUUGCCAAUAAAGCCUUGUUACUCCACUAUUCAAUCCAAGUGAGUUUUAUCCUGAUAGUAUCCAGUGCUGUGCAGAGACCUUUGAAGGGGCAGGUGUUUAAGACUUUAUGACCACGUUUCAACAUUCGGGAUUGCGUUCUGCCCAUUCACACUUGCGCUCGCAUUCCAACCGGCCUCGAAUGCCCUCUCGGGGAUCCCCUCCAUCCAUUUAUGAAAAGGGCACUUUGGGCAAAGGGGUAAGUUCUCGAGCACCCUUUGAACACCCCACAAAAUUAUACAUACCCUAGGUCAGUGGUUCUCAACCUUUUUUGAGUACUGGACCCCAUCAUAUCUCAAACCAUCCUCAUGGACCCCCAACCCCCGCGCUCACACCCCAUCUCAUUUUCUUUCCCCUCACAACAACAUAUUUCCACUUAAUUGGGGGAACAAAAUUUGUAAAGUCAACAAUUUUAUGUUUGUUAAUUCAAUAAAUGUAAGCCUAACUUAAAAUUACACGUGACCUUUCAAUGGUUUUCAGUUGCAUUAAAAUUACACAAUAAUCACAAUUAUGUUGCCAAAACAUUCUAUUUCAGUAUCUCCAACAGUAUAAAUGGGCUUUACUGCAGUUUAUUCUUUUGACAUUCAUUUGUCAACAAGGGCUUACACCAACCAUAACAGUAAUUGAUCAGUAAAGUAAGCAAGCAUUAUAUAAAGUAUAUAUAUAAUUU